AUGUCCGAGUCUCCCAGAUCCGAGCGGUACGAGUACCUGACCCGGUACAGUACCCCGGUUCCCGAACUGGAUGACCACCGUCACCAAAUGCAGACGCCGCCGCGGAUUCAGUCCCCCAUUGAGCGAUCUUACAGCCCGCACAAUAUGCAAAGCCCCGUGGAUAUCCCCGAGCGUCCUGACUUGCUGAACCCGCAAGAUGCAUUGCGAGACGGUCCCGUCUUCCGCGACUUCGAAAACGCCGUCACUGACGACGAUGGAAUCCCUCGACAUUUCUCGGUCGACCCCGCUGCCAACUAUCAAACUCCACGUCGCAUCAGCAUCGUGAACCAGGAUCUCGCCAACGCUUCCUGCUCCUCGUCCGUCUCCGCUCGCUCCUCCUCCCCUCCCAAUUCCGUCGAUGCUUUCGCCGAUCCCCGUCGUCGCGAGCGCGCCAAUACUCUCGACAGCAUUGCGCCUCCCGAUCUCGAGGCGAUCCUGCAUCGCACCGUCUCCGGUGGCACUCACAAUCGCCGCCCGACAUUCAGCAAUGCUAGUGCCAUCCGGCCCCAGCUAGGCGAUGUGCCAUUCGACACGGAGGAGGCAUGCUUUGAUGAGCCAGGUCGGCCACCCGUCAUCGGUCGUCUCCCUGUCAUUGACUACGAGGAACUGGAGGAGUUUGUGGCUCUCAGCCAACAGACCAGGGCUGCCGGCCGCCGCAAGCAUAGCAUGAGCUCGCAGAGCAAGAAGCCGCGCGUAUUCUAUGAUCUCCGCCCUGGCGCGGAAAGCCCUGAGAUCGGCGAAAUCAAGAAGACCGAUCAGUCUGACUCGGAAGACGAGAAGGUUCCCAAAAUCACAGACGAAAAGGAGCUGGUUAAAGUCCUCCAGAAUGAGAACGAACCCACCCGUUUCGGGUUCUUCUCAUCGGAGUCUCAAACCACCGUCCACGCCGCCGGUCUGGGCGACCUCGUUCUGCCCGGUGAGACCUUCCGCGAUCUCUUUGAGCUCGGCCCCGAAGGAGGUGUCUGGUGGCUCGAUGUUGUCAACCCCACGGACGACGAGCUCGGUGCGAUUUCUCGCGCCUUCAAUAUUCAUCCGCUGACGACGGAGGAUAUUCAAACACAAGAAGCGCGUGAGAAGGUCGAACUCUUCAAGCAGUACUACUUUGUCUGUUUCCGUACUUUCUUCCAACAAGACAAGACUAGCGAAGAGUACCUCGAGCCUGUCAACUUCUACAUGGUGGUCUUCCGAGACGGCGUCCUGACCUUCUCCUUCGUCGACAACCCGCACGCCGCCAACGUCCGCAAGCGUAUCGGAAAACUCCGCGACUAUGUCUCUCUAUCCAGCGACUGGAUCUGUUAUGCCAUGAUCGAUGACAUCGUCGAUAGUUUUGGGCCUGUGAUUCGCGACGUAGAGUUGGAAUCUGAGGCGAUUGAAGACCACGUAUUCAUUGCUCGAGUCGACGAUUUCGAAUCCUUCCUUCCGCGAAUUGGAGGGUUGCGUAAGAAAGUCAUGAGUCUUAUGCGGCUGCUUGGCGGAAAGGCGGAUGUUAUUCGCGGAUUCUCGAAACGGUGCAACGAGCAGUAUGCGAUGACACCGCGUGGCGAUAUUGGUCUCUACUUGGGUGAUAUUCAGGAUCACGUUGUGACCAUGAUGUCGAAUUUGGCUCACUUCGAGAAGAUGCUGAGUCGUUCGCACACCAAUUACCUUGCACAGUUGAAUGUGACGAAUCUGGUGCUCGGAAACCAUGUUAAUAAAGUACUGAGCAAGGUCACGUUGAUUGCGACUAUUUUGGUCCCAAUGAACUUGAUCUGUGGUCUGUUCGGUAUGAACGUCGAAGUUCCUGGGAAGGAUACUGCCGGCCUGGGCUGGUUCUUCGGAAUUCUCGGGGUCAUGGGCCUGAUUGUGGCCGUCAGUAUGGGUCUUGCUCGGUGGCAGAAGUUGGUUUGA